CCGGCGCUCGGCCGGAGGAAGAUGGCGGCGGCGGCGGCGGCGCUGGCGGGCGGGUCGCCGGCCCGGGGCCGGUUCCGGGGCUGCCUGGCCGGGGCGCUGCUCGGGGACUGCCUGGGCGCCGCCUUCGAGGGCAGGGACGUGGUGGUGCUGCCCGAGCUGCUGCGCUACCUCCGCGGCCUGGAGCCGCCGGGCCGGGCCGGGGGCGGCGCCCAGGAGGCGGAGAGCAGAGAAACGCUCUGCUACACGGAUGACACAGCCAUGGCCAGGUGUGUGGUGCGGUCUCUGUUAGCCAAGGGAGAGUUUGAUGAAGUUGAUAUGGCCAGGAGAUUUGCUGAGGAGCAUAAGAAGGAGCCGGAUCGGGGCUAUGGAAUGGCAGUCGUCAAAGUGUUCAAGAAACUUCUGAGCCCCAAGUGCAGUGAUGUGUUUGAACCAGCCCGAGUGCAGUUUAAUGGGAAAGGCUCCUACGGGAACGGUGGUGCUAUGAGGGUAGCAGGCAUUUCGCUGAUUUACCCUGAUGUUCAGGAUGUGAAGAAGUUUGCGAAGCUCAGUGCUGAGUUGACCCAUGCCAACUCACUUGGCUAUAAUGGAGCCAUCCUGCAGGCUCUGGCAGUGCACUUGGCCUUGCAGGGAGAGCUCAGUUGGGAGAGCUUCCUGGAGCAGCUGAUCGGUCACAUGGAGGAUGUGGAGGCAGAUGAUAAAUCUUUGGCUGAUGCGCGAGCGAUGGGCUUUGGGGAAUUACCAUUUUCAAGGCGGCUUAAGAAGAUCAAGGAAUUUUUGGAGCUUAGCACUGUUCCUAAGUCAGAUGUAUUGCUUGAGUUAGGCAAUGGCAUUGCUGCUCUGGAGUCUGUCCCCACUGCGAUUUAUUCCUUCUUGCGCUCCAUGAAAUCCGACCCAGAUAUUCCUCAUCACUACAACAACCUACAGAGGGUCAUCAUCUACUGUAUCUCGCUGGGUGGAGACACAGAUACCAUAGCUACCAUGGCUGGAGCCAUUGCAGGAGCUUAUUAUGGGGAGGAGCAGGUACCCCCGUGCUGGGAGCAGAGCUGCGAAGCUUUUCAAGAGACAGAGAUGCUGGCAAAUAGCUUGCACAAACUCUACAGCCAACGACUUUGAGCCACAGAAGUGGUGUCCUGUGCCAAGGUUAAAGCAAGUGGCUACCUCUGCCUCACUGAUCAGAUCCAUAGCAAAUGGGUCCACCUUGUCUUUAAUGAUCUGUAUCCUGGCAAACUCCAGAAUGGCACUUGUUGUCAUGUGUCGUAUGGUAGAAGUGAGACUUGGACCUUGUUUGUGUUACAAGUGAUCUGGAGGGUGCUUGCACAGAGAGCUUUGGACGAUGGAAUUUAUUGUCCCACCAAAGCACAGAGGCAAUAUCUGGUUUCUGAUGAGAUUUCUGCUUCUUACUAAGGCCGGCUCUCCUGUCAGUGUCUCAUUCUGUUAUAUGACUUGUCCAAGCUUCAAGUGGGGUCUAAAUCCAGGAACCAGCUUCCUGUCAUCUGUUUCCAGAUUCCACAGACUUCUAUUCAGAUGUUCACAGUCUAACCUUCAGGAAGCACUUGGGUUGCACUGUACCCAUCUUGCAAUUCUUUUGUUGUCUUUACUCUCUGCAUUACACCUGUGCCUGACUCCCUAAAAUUUGGAUUGCUUUAUGCACCAGAUUGCAACCUUCCAGAAUGCUCCUCUUGCUCUGCUCUCCUCCCAGUGCCUAAUCAGUAGUGUGCUAUGCUUGCAUCCCAUUCUGCACAUCUGGUGUCAGUUUCAGUUGAGAAUUCACUUCUGUUAAGAAAGGGCUCAUGUACUAGGUGACCCUACAAAUGGUAGAGGAUGUAUUAGAAAACAGUGUUCUGCAGCAGGGUGUUUAAAAAUGUGCCCAGUCAAGCAGACAGAGAGGAAAUAAUCUGACUCUGUAUACAAGCUGAAUUGUGUAAAUAAUGUGUUUUGAAAUGUCUAUAGUAAUUACAGAAAAUAAAGAAAUAAAAACCCAUCCUGUUUGCAGGCA